AUGUUAAACGCCGGGCAGCACCACGAGGUCCUGGGGCACGACCCGCAUCAAGAACCCGCCGCGCUCUUUGGGAAGCCCUGGUUCUGGCAGCGCAGCAGCGGCGCCAUGGAGGGAACCCGCACCUUGGCCCGUGUCAUCAUGGAGAUGCGGGAGGAGAUCAGGAAGUUAGAGCAGAACCGAGCGCUGACAAAAGACCGGGAAGAAGACCAGGAGCAGACACAAGAAGGGGUUUUAGAGGAAGAGCAUGAAAACCUAUAUGGGAAUCUCAGGAGAAAUGCAUCUGCUCCCAUUCUAAAGCGACAAUUUAAGGAACGUGAAGGUAGCCAGCAUCAUUUAAAAAAAAAAAAUUAUACAUACUUUCAACCCAUCACUGCUAUCUUGCAUGUCUUUUCCCCCUCAGAAAAUGUCAUGACAGUUCGAAGGUAUUCCAGGAGCUCAAGCACACCUGAGAUGACACAGACCAAGGGUAUAGUGGACCCCUGGGAACGACUGAGCCACUUUGGAUGGGGGCGUCUACAAGAGGAGGUCCGGGGAGGAAAUGGCAACCCGGAUCACUCUGUCAGCAGUGACGUGGCCUCAGCGAAAAACAGGACAUCCCUUCAGGAAUGUGUGCAAAAGACUAGAGUCAAAGUGAAAACAGUCACAUUUCUUCUACCAGUGGACGACAUCUACACCAGCAAACCAGUUCUGUCCAAGCCUCAGGAGCCCACAACCACCGAGCUGACCCCCAUAACUGAUACAGAGUCGCGAGAGGAACAAAAGUGGCCACUUGCAUGAAGACGAUUGUAGGAACUCUAAAUGAGGUCACAGUCUUUUUUUUUUUCUUCUUCUUCUAAGUCACCUUAGAUUGCUUUGGGUCUUCACGGGUCGAUUCGAUCACAGGGGUGCAAUAUAAGUAAUCGGCGUCCAGUUACACACCGAUGUUGAGACAUUUGCACACAUGAUCACAUGUGCUGUGGUCAAGUGUUUUGGAACCUCACAGGAGACUGACCCAGUUUUUCUUACAGGCACUUUAAGUCAAUGACCGAUGUAUUAUUCAUUCACUCUUUUAAAUUGAAAUGAGAGGGGCUCACGUGUGGCACUUGCGGGACACAACAUUAAGUACACUUGCACGAUAUUGGUGCUUUGUUUUUUUUUGGCUUUCUUUUGUACAAUUUUGAAGAUUAGCACAGCUAAAAGCCCAAAUUGACAAAUUUAAGAAAAUAGAAUAUUAUAUAGGAAACAAUCCAAA